AUGGCAAUAUCAGAAGAUCAAAUAAACUUUUUUGAUUAUAAAGAGUCAUUACUAGAAAUUCAAUUGGAUGUGGUGCAAACUUCAUCAAUAGCCGCCAAUGUUGAAACAUCGUCAUCAAUAUAUAAAGAACAAUUAUCAGAAAGUUCAGAUUCAUCAUGUGAAGGAGACAACAAGUAUGAGGAAUCUGAAAAUUAG